UUGGGGGGCUAACCGCUCCGUCCGCGGAGUCUUCCCGCAGCAUCCCCAAGGUCGCUAGCCAGGCGCUCCUUCUAGGUCUGCUCCUUCACAUAGGAGCUCUCGGGUGUCGCCACACGCGCCGUACCCGUCCCUUGUCCGGAUUCCUGUCGUCGCAGAUAAUACUCUCUGCCUGUCGGGAUUCUUUUGAGACGAAAUGAAGUGAUGUGAAAACUUUUUUGGGAGGGUGGAUCUAACCCACUCUAUACACGAGAGGACGACACGUUUUGCCUGCUACUUCCCCUAAAUCCAGCCACCAAGUCUCUGUGGUAACAGAGGGCCUGGGCUUAGCAGUGCCAGAGGGUGGGUUCUGCUGACCUUACCUCAGGAGGUCCAGGCCAAACUGAUCUGAACUCCCAAUUACUCCAGGUUUUUAAGCAACGGUCCUGAGGAGGACCAGGGAAUAAUCAAUGUGAUGUCUUCCACGAGACUCAUUCCCCUGUGGAAGGAUUUUAAAUAUCUCAUAAAUGACAUCAUACAUAAAAGCAAGCAAACGUCAGAAGACCCAAAGAAUGAGGUGGUUGUGCUGAGCGACCAGUCCCAGAUACUGUUCAGAGAGUCUCGCCAUCCUCAAAACAUGCCGCUUAUAUGCCAUUACUUCAGUGAGGCCAACUUCUUUGCCUCCCUCUCUUGGGUGACAAGCUCCAAAGAAAUACAGGCCGUAGUAUGGAUGAAGAGCAAAUCUGAGGACCUGGUCGAGAAGAGAACAUUCUCCAUGAGUGAACGACUGCCGCCCAUCCAAUCCAUGGUCCACACAGGUUCCUUUCAUAUCCUCGUGGUCUACUGUGGUGACCUGCUCCUGCGGCUCUUUGGGGACCACUUUUGGUCAUUCAAACCCCUGGGUAUAGUGCCCUGUCACUUCAACAUCAACUGCCUUUGCUAUGACCCAGAAAUGAAAAUGCUUCUGUCGGGCAUCCUGGGGGCAGUAGUCACCUGGAGCAUCGAGAGGAGUGGCAAGGGCCUCCAGAUAGCCUACACGGUUCCCAUGCCUGGUGACGAGCUUGUCCAGGACAUCAGGCUGAAUGGCCCCAAUGGCUCUCUGCUAGCGCUGUGUGAGACGGUGGUCAGGGUCCUUGAGCGCCAAGGCCAAGGCCAGCUUGGAGAGGUUCAGAGGUUCACUUCCACCACCAGUGGCUCCUCUAUCACCUGCUGCUUCACCUGUUUUGACCAGGACUUCCUCUAUGCCGGAAAUAAGACUGGGGAAAUCCAAGUAUGGGGCCUCAUGCGGGGAAACUACCUCCACAGUUUCAAGGCGCACGUGUCAACAGUGAUCUGUAUCCGCAGCCGGCCAGAGGCCCACACCCUGCUAACAGCUGGCAAGGAAGGCUUAAUCAAGGAGUGGAGCCUGACCUCGGGGAACAUGCUGCGGCGGCUAGAACUUGAUGAGGAACUGUACAGGCUCCAGUUUAUUGACAACACGACGUUCUUCUGCCAGACUACCCAUACUUUCUCCUUGCGCCGUCUGCCUUGCUUCUAUAGCCUCUUCAACGUCCUCAGCUCUGCUGCCCAGCAGCUGCGUCGGGUCCGCUGUGGUGAUAACUGGUUCCGGAUCCUGUGCACUACCGCAGAUGGCUUAUUGCACUUUGUGUCCCCACUAACUGGGGAUCUUCUGGUUCUUACCUGGCCCUUCUCGAUCCUGGACCAGGCUGUGGAUUGGGCUUACGACCCAGAAAAAGAGGAGCUCUUUGUAGCGACAGGCAAUGCAGAGGUGCUGGUGUUUGACACGACCCGCUGCCCUUGCCCAGCCAAGUAUCUCUUGUGCACUUCACCGGAUUCUCAAGACUGGGUGCAAUGCCUGGCUUAUGGGGAUUUUCACCUGGGUCGGGGUCUACAGGGACUUAUGUUCUCUGGACACCAGAGUGGUAUGGUAAGAGUGCUUUCCCAGCACCACUGUGCCCGAAUAGAGAAAUUCAUGCACUUCGGACCUAUCCUGGCACUCACUACACUAUCUGGAGGGCUUCUUGGUAGCCGAGAAAAUGCUUUGCUCUGUUCCUAUGGAAUGGAUAAUUACGUGCACCUAUCAGAGGCUGUGCUUGAGGGGAGGAAAGUCCAUUUGAAACCGCUUGCCAGCAUUCUCAGCAGCUGUCACCUAAGACACCUGAUACUCUUGCCCAAGUCUGUAGGUGCCAUUACGGAGACUAACUGCCUGCGUCUCUGGAAGUUCCAUGAUUUUCUGUCCUCUGAGUCACAGGAAGGCUCAUCGUUUAUAGAGACAUUGCCUCUGCACCAGUGCACCAUCACAUCCUUUGAUGUCUGCCUGUCCUUGAGUCUUUUUGUCACGGGUGGUAUUGAUGGGUCUGUCCGGGUCUGGAACUUCCAUGGUAGACUUGUAGCUAUGCUGGACUCAUCACUGCACUUUGGCCCACUCUGCUUUGCAAAUGACCGGGGUGACUUGCUUGUGACUUUUAACCAGAGUCUUUAUCUGGUGUCCUGUCUAAAACUGCUUCACCCAAGCCUGCUGGCUCGCCUUUCCUUUAUGAGCAUGACAGAUGACGUGCUAGAGGCCCCUAAGCCUUUCACACCGAGCUUCUUCUUCUCCUUUGAGACCAUGUUUGUGCCCAAGUAUAUCUACCUUGGAAAAGGGCAACAGGAAUUAGUGGGUCUGGAGAAACUUGUCAAUAAGCGGGCCAUUGCCUUUGACCAUACAGUGCCACACGUCAUAGAAGAAGAUGAGCAGGGGAGCACUGUGUUACUGUCUGCCUUCAGAUAUGACUCCUUGUAUGAAGAGGAAACCAGUCAGACAGAUGUGAGCAAACCUCCUCAUUACGUGGUUCCUCCCCAACUACAGCUGACUUCUUGGGAUGGACUCAACCCUUACCAAACAUUGCAAUGCUACUUUGGUCAUGGGAGGAAAUGGCUCUUAGCCCCUGAUUGCUACAUCCCCAACUCAGUAAUUCGUGCCCGUCUUUGGCCAGAGGGUAGUCCAAUAUACCUACAGUGCAACCUGCAUUCACCCAUGCAGGAGAUGGAAUGGGACAAGACCCAACAAUUCUUCUUCUGGCACAGAAAGGUAAGAGCUCUCAGUGAUUUCAAACCAUAUACACAGGAAAAGGAAGACGAAAGCUUCCUAGAAAUGAGAAUGUCCAAGGAUAUAACCUACAGUGUCCUUACAGACUCAGCAAAUCGCAGUUGGCUAGGGAGAAAGAUGAGUGAAAUAGCUAUUAAUAGUCUGGUGGAGACAAUCCUCUGCAUCAUGAUUCACGCUUCUCCACUGAAGUACCAGUGCUGUAUUGGUGCAUUGGGGCAAAUCUUUGCUUCUUACGAAGUGUCUUCAUCCUUGCGCUCUGAAACAGCCCAUCGUCUACUGGAUGAUACCACCAAUUCCAACCCACUGAUCCGAGAGCUAGCUUGGGAAGGGCUAAAGCGUCUAGGAAUGAUUACUCAUCUCUUUGCCAUGCCACUGGCCCAAGGACUGAUGGAUAAGGAUGAAAGAGUGAGGAGUAAGGCCCUGAGCCUCAUGACUGACACUGGAGUCCACUCUAAGUCCUCACUCCUACACCUGAUCCAGAACCGAGAGACCUUCCGGAAGAUGCAGCAGGAAAUGAUUGGAGAGGAAUCCCUAGAUCAUCUGCUGGGGAUGCGGGCCACAGAUCUCCAAAUCCUUCAUAAUCAAGUGGAACAGCGAUUGAAUGAAAACCUGACCUUGUCAGAGGGACACAAAAAGCCUGCUUUUUCUUUAGAGGUCUCAAAGACUUCUUCACAUUUAUCCCUUUCCAAGAAAUCUGACAGAAUUCCCCAAGAAUCUGAAGUUGCCAUCAAGCCUGGCAAAGGCCAAAGACGGGGCCGAGCAGGGGGCAAAAAGCAGACCCGAAAAUUGUGGCGGACCCUCAAGAAGAUAAAAGAGGCUGGCAAAGAGCCGGGUCCCUUAGAGGGUGAAACUGACCAGAGUGAAGCUGCACCAGUUUUGGUGGAAGAUACAGCCGCCCAUUCUAGAGUGUCUUCAACCAUCAGUUUAGUAAAGAUUUCAAAAGAUGGUGAACAACCUCCAGAGAAAGACACCUCAAAGGACCAUUUUGCAUUGACCCUGAAGCUGCUGAGGAAAAUACAUGACAGAAAAGGCAAGAAAAGAACAGUUCAGAAACCCAUAAUGAGGGGCAAGAAGAAGACAAAAGAAGCUAAGUUUACAAUCAAUGAAUCUCUGGCUGCUGUAAAGGAAGAGCGAGUCGUGAAGCAGCUGAAAGCCAAAGGGCGGGGUGCCUCUGGAGCGCCUGGCCGCAAGGCCACCACUGAAGAUGGCGCAUCAUGGCGAGAUGAUCUAUGUCGUCUUAUGACCCUGAGAAUAUCUGGUUCCCAAACAGAAAUGUCAGAGGCUCUAAACAUGGAACUAGUGACCAUGGCUCAGGAGGUACUGGCAGAUAAGCGGCCCAGUUGGGAACUUUUUCAGGAGAUCUGCCCUUUGUUGGAGAAAAAAAGUGACAUUCUGCUUGAGGACCUAGACUGGGAUGUAGCCUGGCCAGAGGAGAAACCAAUUUUUAUUCAUGAAGGGGCAAUUAGAGAAGACAUAAUGACCGAAAGGGAGGAUGAGAUACCAGAGGUGCAAGAGCAGGUGCAAGAGGAAACAAGGGACAUGCCGUACUUGCAGGAAACCCAGGUGAUUCUCAAAAAAGGCAAGAAAAAGAAAGCUAUCUUUUUAAAAUCCGAUGGCCUAACUAAGGGACAACAAAUACCAAAGAAAGAAGAGAAGAAAUUUAAGAAACCCUUUAAGCAAGAGAGGAAAGAAGUUCAGCAGGAAAUAAAAGGGGAUAAAAAAGAGAGGAAAGUGAGCAAAGAAGAGAGGGAUGUGAGUCAGGCAGUAAAGGAAGUGGCCAAACCAAAGGAGGAAGUAGCUAAGCAGGAAGAAAGGCCAGUUACAGAUGAGAGGAAGCUGUCCUGGCAGGAGUGGAAGAAGUCCUGGGAUGAGUGGAAACAGGGCCAUGGUGAGACAAAGAUGUCGUGGGAUGAAUGGAAGAAAGCUUGGGACAGGAGGAGUCUUGGGGAAGAGGAGAAACCACAAAUGGAUGAAAAGAAACCACUCUCAGAGGAGGAAAAGCUCGAUGAGGACAAGAAGCAGAUAUGGGAUGAGUGGGCAGAGAUCUGGGAAAAGGUAAAAGCCAAGCCCAGAGAGGAUGAGGAGAAAUUGGCCCUAGAAGGAGAAGAAUUGUCUCAGGAACAGGGAGAACAAAAAGAGCCAAUGUCAAAAGAGCAGAGACAGAUCCAAAAAGAGUAUAAACAGGCCUGGGUCGAGAGGAAACGAGCCCAGGCCGAAAGGAAACGAGCCCAAGAAGAAAGGAAGCUGGCACAAGAAGAAGAGAAGCUAGCCCAGGAAGAGAGAAAACUGGCCCAGGAAGAAAGAAAACUGGCCAAGGAAUAUGGGAAGCUGGCUCAGAGGGACAGGACAAUGGUCCAGGCAGAGAAGAAGUUUGUCUACAAAGAGGAAAAACUGGCCCAAAGAGAAGAAAAGCUAAGCCAGGAAGCAGAAAAACUGGCCCAGAGAAAGAAGAAACUGGCUAAGAAAUUUGAGGAACUGGCUCAAGAAGAAGAGAAAAUAGCAAAGAAAGGAGAGAAGCUGGCUGAGAUAAAAAAUAUAUUGGUCAAGAAGAUCGAAAAACUGACCCAAAAGGAGCAAGACCUGGCACUGCAAGAAAAGGAAAUAGCCCAGGAAUUGGAGGAGCUGACAUGGGAAGAGGAGGAACUGGCUCGGAAAGAAGAGGAACUGAAUCAGGAAUUGAAGGAGCUCGCUGAGGAAGAGGAGGGUCUGGCUCAGGAAGAGAAGACACUGGCCUGGCAAGAGCAGAAACUGAUUAAGGAAGAGAAAACACUGGCCCUGGAAGAAGAACUGCUGAUCCAGGAAGAGAAGAAACUGGCUGAGGACAAGGAGAAACUUCCUGCGGAAGAGGAAAGGCUGGCCCAGAAAAGGAAGAAACUGAUGGAGAACAAGUUAAAACUGGCCCAGGAAAAAGAAAAACUGGCCCAGAGCAAGGAGAAACUCACAAAGAACAAGAAUAUAGUAGCCUGGAGGGAGAAGUCUUUGGCUCAGGAGAAGGAGAAUCUGCUUCAGGAGAAAGUGAAAUUGGCUCAGAAGAAAGAGAACUUCCUCUGGGUCAAAGAAAACCUCACCCAGAACAGAAAUAAAUUAGUUCAAGCAAAGGAGAAACUGGACAUGUAUAAGAAUAAACUUGCUCAGGUAGAGAAGAGGCUGAUAGAAGAAAAGGAAAAAGUUUUGCAGAAGAAGCAGAAGCUGGCUGAAGCAGAGAAAAAGCUGACCCAAUUAGAGGAGAGUCUGGCCGAGAAGCAGCACAAUCUAGCCCAGGACAAGAUGGAAGUAGCUAAGGAGAAGAGGACAGUAUUUCAAGAACUAAAACUGCUCAGAGGAGACUGGGACAGAACCAAGGAAGAAAAGGCACUGGGCACAGAAAUUAAGAGACUGGCCCAGGAGAAGAUAAGGCUGGCUGAGGGAAAGCAAAUUCUCUCCACCGGAGAGACUGAUGAAACCUUAAAACAGAGAAGACUGACUAAGAAUGAACUAGAACUAAUCAAGAAAAAAUUGUCACUAGAGGAGAAGAUACUGAGGUAUGAGGAUAGGAUAUUGGCCACAGAGCAAAGGGACAUUGCCAAGGAAAAACUGGAACUUACCAGAGGAGGGAGAGUAUACGCCCAGGAAGAGAGGAAGCUAGCAAAAGCAAUGAGGAAGUUGGCUAAAGAAAAGGAGGUUGCUGCCAAGCCACAGUCAAAAGUGAGCAGCAAAAUCUUAAAGGCACUUCAAGACCUUACCAAAGAAGAAAUGAAACUGACUCAGGAGGAAAUAGAGUUGACAAAGAUGAAGAGGAACUUCUUUGCUAAGGAAAGGAAAUUGAGCAAGGAACAAAACAAACUUGAUGCCAAAGAGUGGGAUUUUUCUGAGGAACAACCAGAAAUAAGCAAAGACGAGAAGAAACUGGCUAAGAAACAGAGAAAACUGGCCAAGGAAAUGAAAAGAAUGAUAAAGAAAGAGAAGAAAAUAACGGAGAAAGAAAGCAGGUUGGCCAGGCAACAGAGAGAGGUCAUACAGGAAGAGGAGGAGGAGGAACUAACAGAGGAUGAGGAGGUAAUUCCACUGCUGGGACAGAAAAAAGGAAGAAAGCUAAAGACCAUGGAUAUACCACAGAAAGAAGUUCCUGGUCAUGAGGAAAGCAGAGAGAGCCUUUCUGAAGAAAUGGAAAGCUUAGUAGGUGAAGUAGAACAAGAGAGUUUGUCUGAGGAAGAGGAAGAGGAAGAAGAGGAGGAGGAGGAGGAGGAAGAGGAAGAGGAAGAAAACAAAGGGGAGGUGGUAGAGGAGCAAGGGGAGGUGGUAGAGGAGGAGGAAGAGGAGGGAAAGAAGAGGGAGGCAGAGAAGGAGAAAGAGAAGAAGGAGAAGAAAAAGAAGAAGAAAAAGAAGAAGAAGGAAGAAGGGGAGGAGGAAGAGGAAGUGUUUGAAGAGGAGGAGGAGGAAAGCAUCAGUGAGGAAGAGUCAGAAAGUCUGAGUGAGGAAGAGUUGGAAAGUCCGAGUGAGAAAGAAGAGGAGAAAAGAUCAUGGGAAAAAGAGAUCAUAAGAAAAGAAAAGUUAUUUAAGUCACCAGUGGAAAAACAAAAGGACCAAAAAGGAAGAAAAAUAAUCCCCUCUAUUGGAAAAAGAAUCCCUGAUAUCAAAGACACUGCUCUACAGCUGAAAGUUCUGAAAAUCCCUUCCAAGAAAGUGAUCUCCGUAGCUCUGGGCAAGCAAGAGAAGAUACUAGUGCCAGUGUCUAUGAAACAAGUAUCCUGGGAAGACAAGGCCAGAGCACUUGAGACAUCCAGGAUACUUCCAGAGUCAAGGUUUAGGGAUAAACAAGGAGAACUGCUGGAGAAAUAUAAGCCCAGACCUCUACAACUUUUGGAUACAGUUUUGGAGUCCCCAGAGCCAGGCUUAAAGACUCCAUAUUUAUUUCAAAUAUUGAGGAAGACCAUAGAAGCUCACAAACUCCAAGGCAAACCACUAGAGCCUAAGUGGAAGUGGAUUUUGCAGCAUCAUCCAUAUCUGAAAGGAAUGACUGAGGUACAAUUACCUGUGCCCCAAAUUUGGGACAAGGGUGCUCAGGUAAGACUCUCAGAUAUCGAGUGGAUCCACCAUGUCCUAGAACAGAUGGAGGCAGGAGAACAGCUUUCUAGGGAUAGUUUCCACAGAUUGUGCCAGCUUCUCAAAGACCUCACCUCAAAGGGAAACUUAGGUUGGAUACAUCUGGCUCAACUUAAAGCUAUUGUAAACCGUCACAAGCAGGUCCUGGAGUCACGAAGUGCACGGAUCUCAAAACCCAGUAAGGAGCCCAUGGAUCCAAAGUACCUGAAAGUGAUCCCACCUAUAAAAAGAAAGGAAAAGGAAGGCUGGUUAAAACCUUUGGCUGUCCCCACACCAACGUCCCCAUUAGAUACCCAACAGAUUCUGACCCCAAAGGGUGUAAAUUGGCAUCUUCUAGGAGAGCCUUACCGGAGUGCACGGGCAGAGCAGGUAUCUGCUGCUCUCAAGGAGAUGGAGAUGCAACACUUCUAUCCUGCCACAAGAGACAUUUUCACAGGUGCCCAUGCCUCUGUGGAAAAACAAACCCUAGCACUGAUGUUUCAAAAGGACUUCUGGGUUUUUAAGGACAAAGGCAGGUUUCCCAAAUUGCCCAAGCUGGAGAAGAAGGUACAGCCCGUCUCUAAGAAAAAGGAAGAGGUGCCUCUCUGGGAGACAUUUGUGGCUCUGUACUAUGUCUUGCGGAUGUUGCAGCAACGAUAUGCAAAAGACCAUGCUGCUUGGAUGGAACAGUUCUACCAACUCAUGGACCUGUACCAACUUAAGUCACCUCGAAUCCAGAAGCUGCUACAGGAGCUAUUACUGAGAGAGGAACCCCAGUCCCAAGAGAUCACCUCCAUGGAGGCCCUAAAUGCCACAGAGCUAGCUCCUGGGGAGCGGUUGUUCUAUCAUCUGUUUUGUAGUGGCUCUCAAAAACCUAAAGGUCCUCUGGAGUUCCAGGAAGUGGUGUCCCUCCCAGGUCAGAAUAACGUCCGUACCAUGCUUCCCAGGGGCAUUGCUCAGUAUGGGAUCUUAGAACUCGCUUGGAAGAGCCUGCCCCAAGCUGAUAUUCACCUUACCAAGGAAUUGCCCCAUAUUGUUGCCCCCACCCCCUAAUUUGAGACUGACUGGAGGUCAGGACUUUUCAUUCCCACCUGGAGGAAGGCCUUGUCACCAUAAUCUAGACCCUUAUCUCUAGGACCCACACAGAGGUAGGGCCAGGCCAAAGCCCUUUCCCUACCUAGCUGCAGAAACCAGCUUCCAUAUGUGGAAUAAAGAGGAAGUUCUCAUUUUCA